UGUUUUGUUUUUUGCUCCACAGCAUGACAAAGAGCAAGAAUUUAGGUGGAGCUGAUGUAAACUAGGGAAAACAUACCAUGAUACUCCUUCAGUUUGCAUCCUGGGAACAUGAAGAAGAGGGUCACAAAGACAAUGAAGAUCAUGCUCCUUCUCCUCAUCUUGCUGGGAGUAGUAUCUGGAAGAAGAAUCCGGUUGCUUCAGGGCUUGCCUGCAAUAAGCACUGUUGAAGAAAAUGCAGCAGCUGGUGUUACAGUUUAUACCUUCAAUGUAACUGUUUCUCCAUUGUCUUCUAAAGAUGUUGCAGCAGUUCCUACCAUAUUAAAUUCAAAUCCACUCGCAGGGGCUUUUGUUAUCGAACCAAAAGGAAAUCUCGAAUACAGGGUUGUUACCACUGGAAACCCUGUCCUGGAUUAUGAAACCAUGCCAAAUAGAUUUGAUUUACAGAUUUUCGUGGAAGACACAACUGGGAGAACCGACCUUGACAUACUGACUGUCCAAGUAACAGAUAAAAAUGAAAGUCCUGUAUUUCAAGGAAAUAUGGCAAUUCAAACUGUAACAAUCUAUGUCUUGGAAGGAACACCUCCAUCACGCAUUUACCAAGUUAAAGCAGCGGAUCCUGAAAAUGCUAAACUCAAAUAUUCACUGCUCCCUGCAUCAGUGCCAUUCUCAGUCUUCAAGAAUGGAGCCAUUUUUUCCAGGAAAGAAUUUGAUUAUGAGAAAGAUCCACAUUAUUACUUUUUAAAUAUAACAGUGACAGAUCCAGAUGGACUCAACUCAACAAAAACAGUGAAUAUCAAGAUUAUUAACAUCAAUGAUGAAAGACCUUACUUUACCACAAAGCAAAGGAUCUACAGGAUUCCAGAGGAACAAAGCCCAGGCACUGUUGUUGCCAAUGUAACAGCCAAAGAUCCUGAUGAUGAAGGCUCUCCCAGCAGACUUUUCUACAGCAUCCAGUCUUAUGACAGAUAUUUCUCCAUAAAUCCAUUGACUGGAAUGCUGCAGGUGACUGGGAGAAUUGACCGAGAUGACCUUCCACUGCAGCUCCAUCCUAACAUCUCACUGAUAGUCCGGGUGGAGGACAGUCCCAGCGGUGGUCACGCCAGAGAAAUGGAAAUCACAAUCAUUAUUGAUGAUAUCAAUGACAACCCACCAGAAUGCAAUCCUUCUACCUUCAGGAAAGAGGCAAAUGAAAAUACAGCUGCUGGGACAUUCCUUCUUGAACUUAGAAAUUACUGUAAAGAUAUUGACGCUGAUCCAUCAAACAAUCGAUUUGAUUUCACUGGAUUAUCUGGGUUUGGAAGCAAUAACUUUGCUCUGGAUUCCACUGUGUCUGGGAGACUUGUGACGCCCUCCCAGCUGCUGGCCAUGUGCAAUGGUGGUUGUUCUGUUGCUUUAAAAAGAACCGUGGACAACUACAGGAAAAGGAUGACUGAAAGUAUUGAUUUGGAAAACCCAGCUAAUCUAGGAGUUGAAGUUUAUUCACUGACUGUCAGGGUGCAAGAUAUUGCCUCUCCUAACUACUCAAAUAUCAUCCACAUUUACAUCAGGAUAAAGCCGGUGAAUGAAUUUUUUCCAGUCUUCAGUAAUUUGUCAUAUGUAUUUAAUGUUCCAGAAAUUACUAAAGUUGGGUCCGCCAUUGGAAGAGUGAGUGCCAGAGACAAGGACUGGCCACCCAGUGUCAUCACUUACUCCAUUGUAGCUGGAGGAGGCACCAGGAAUUAUGCAAAUAUCUUCUGGAUCAGCCCAACCAAAGGACAUCUGAGGAUUUUAGCUCGGUUAGACUAUGAAACAGCUCAGAAACACAUUCUCACAGUACAGGCCUCAGACCAAGAGAAGACUGCAACUGCAUCUGUAACUGUCAAUGUUUUGGAAGUAAAUGAUGAAGAACCAGUUUGUUCACCCAAUUUCUAUUCACUUCAAAUCCCAGUCAGCUUAGCUGUUGGGACCAAUAUUAAUGGCUUCAGGAUUGAAUGCCAAGAUCGUGAUUCUGAGCCCAGGUCUUUUCGUUACUUCAUUAAUGAAGGCAACGUGAACAAUCAUUUCACCUUUUCACCGAGUGCCGGCUCCAACACAUCGUGGCUGAUUCUUGCAUCGAGGUUUGACUAUGAAAGCGGACUUGAUACAGACUGGAUUUACAAACUGCGUGUCUAUAUAACAGACGACAAUCUAUUAUCUGCCAGAGACAAAACGACACACCUAGUUAAAACUGGAACGGUGACUUUAAGCCUCAGAGUUAUCCCAAACCCAACUACCCCCAUUACCACGACACCUGGCUUCACUCUUGUGACAAAAAGGGAAAACCUGUACUCCGGAUCAGCGUGGUACGUGCCGUUCGUCAUCACCCUCGGCAGCUUGCUGCUCCUCGGACUGCUGGGCUACCUGGGCUUCCUCCUGGCGACCUGGGUCCGUACCCACUGCCCUCCAGCAGGCAGAGCACAUGGAAAACCUCUGAUAAAUGCUCCAGAAAAGAAGAAACCCAAGAAAGAUGUGGUUGUGACAAUGACAAAGCUAAACACUGUCUUCGAUGGUGAAGCCAGAGACCCAGUUACUGGCAGAAUGUAUGAAUUCAAUACACAGUCAGGGGCCCGAAGGUGGAAGAAGAGCAAUGAGCCCCUUCAGCCAGAGCUGGCCCUGCAGGUAACAUCCAGUGCCAUGGAUGACAGUGGACAAGGGAUAGAAAGAGCGGAGGCACCAAGCAAAAAGCAGCCUUCAGAGAAGGGGAAAGAGCUGGCUGCAGAGACAAAAUCAGCUUCCAAGCUCACACGAGGGCAAUGAGAAACACAAGGCAAGGAUGGGCUGAAAUUACAAAAGCAGAAAGAGGAGUCUGAGGACAGGGGCUUAUCCUCACCAGCCCCCCGAGGGAGGUACUGACCUCCUCUCCCAAAAUGAGUGCUGUGUUGCCAGUAAGCCAGCCUUAAAUCAGAGUGCAUGAGACUCCAGGGUGCCUCCCAAAUGACCUCUGCUCUGAACAGCCAAAGAACCAGAUGUGAUUUUCUCUCUCUGUAUCUCGGCUGCAAAACAUAAGGUGCCCAUUGCUGCAUAAACUGGACCCAAAGGCAGGAUGAAGCCAGACUUGUCCUUGGCAGGUGCAGGUAAGAGUGAGGGUCAAGGGGAGGACGGGAAAGAGGGAGAAGAGAAAGAAAAAGCAGAGUCACGGACAGAAGCAUUCACUGUCCCUCGGCUACAGCCACUGGCAGGUUCCUCCUGAAAGAGCUCCGCAUCCCCAGACAGACAUGGCCACAUCCUCUGACUGCCUUUGGGGAGGCCAGCUGACACGCAGACAUUCUUUCUCCAGCAGUGAAUGGGGGUCUUCUGUCCCUGCUGAGCAGCAGAAAGGGUGAAACAGAGUUGAAAAGCUUUCUGGUAAAAGCUAAAACCAUUUCUUCUCAUUCAGUAUUUUAUUUCAGCCCUUCCUUGCCCUCCCAUCUUGCUGUAGUAAAGAUCAUGGCUUGAAAGCAGUUUUAGAGUGGAGAAAACUCAAAGCUUGUUAUGGUAUCUCAGGCUGUUAUGUCAACGCUUUCAGCUUAUUUAUCUUUUGUAACACUAGCAGCAUUCAAUAUCUUCACCUUUGGUAUUUCCACUGGCGUAUUUAAUGUUUAACAGAAUCAAGUGGAACACACUCAAAAGAAUAAUGACAGUAAACACAUGGGGUGAAAUAAUCUUUUCCAAGUGUGGGCAUGUAUAAUAUAAGUGCUGCCUAAGAACCUGAUAUAAAACAAGCAAACUCUACAAGAAUUCAGAAAAUUAUCUUAAUCUGAAGAAAAUGAAUUAUAAAUAAUGACUGAA